AUGCGGUGUACCACCCUCAUAGCUCUGCUGGCGGGGGUCGUGCUGUACCUGGUGAUGGGUGCACUUGUUUUCAGCACUCUGGAGCUGCCACAGGAGAGUUUGGCGCACCAAGACCUGCUCGCUAUUAAGAACACCUUCCUCGAUAAUAACUCCUGUGUCACUGAGCUGGACUUCCACAAUCUUCUGAAGGGAGUGGUGUCUGGAGUGGAGGCAGGCCUCGAUGUGAACAACCUUCAUGCCAACUUCACGUCCCGCUGGGACAUGGCCUCCGCCAUCUUCUUCUGUGGUACCAUUAUCACCACCAUAGGUUUUGGGAACCUGUCUCCUCGGACAUGGUAUGGCCAGUUGUUCUGCGUGUGCUACGCCCUGGUUGGAAUCCCCAUGUUUGGCAUACUGCUCGCUGGAGUGGGCGACCACAUGGGCACAGUGCUUCGGAGAGCUGUGGCCAAGAUUGAGACGCUCUUCCUGAAACGUAAGGUCAGGCCAACCACUGUGCGUGUGAUCUCAGCUGUUCUCUCCAUCCUGAUUGGGUGUCUGAUCUUCCUCGCCGUGCCGACAGUCGUGUUUCAGAAAGUGGAGAAAUGGUCGUUUCUUGAGGCACUCUACUUUGUAGUCAUCACUCUCACCACAGUUGGUUUCGGAGACUACGUGCCAGGUGGUCGUGAUAGCAGCGGCGGGUUCUUCUUCAAGCCUCUGGUGUGGCUGUGGAUUGUUUUUGGACUUGCCUACUUUGCCUCCAUCCUCACCAUGAUAGGCAACUGGCUGAGGGUGCUGUCUCAGAGGACACGCGCUGAGAUGGAGGAGCUGAGGGCCCACGCUACAGACUGGACCCAGAACAUCCAGAACAUGUCCAUGGACUUCCGCAUCCCAAACCCUCUGGAGUUCAACGACCCUUUCCUCCUGCAGCGCCGGCGCUGGAAACGCAGUGAGCGUCGACGCAUCCGUCGUGGAGCCCAGGGCACUUUGGGAUACUUGGCUCGAGGAGGAUCUGAGAACGGACACCUGCCAAACCGCUGGACCGGUCUCUCCAGCUCCAUGAGCCGGCUGGAGACCCACUCGUCUCUUGAGAGGGCUGUGGUGGUGAAGGUGAGGCCACGGGUCAGUGCAGCUGGAGGUGGGGCAGUCCCGAGAGCUGGGCCUGUGUUGACGGUCGACCCCGCUGUGGGUCUGCAGUUGGAGGGCAGGUCGUUUCCUCACACACUGGCCCGCUCGUUCUCCCUCCCUGUGGCCCACUCCAACCUGGAGCUGAACUCAGCAGAUGCGGCCACGAAUGGAGGAUCCCUCUCUGGAUCUGAGUCUCCUUUUGACUCCAGAUCAGACGUCUCCUCGGUCUCCUCGUCCUUCUUGGCCCUCCAUAAGUUCCAGCCCUGCCGCAUAGUGAGCAGCAUGGAGGAGGGCGGAGUGAAGGCUGCAGACAUGAACACAGCACAGGAGAAAGACAAAUCUCUGUUGAUUCCAGCAGAGAUGUAUGUCUCUGUAGCCAACACUAGCCACAAACGCGCACCUGCUCCUUUGCACCCCUGCUCUUCCCCUCCUUGCCCUUCUCACUCAACUCUUCACCACUCAAUCGUCCUUCCCUCCCCUCCUCUCCAAGCUGCCUCCUCAUCCAGCUGCCAGCUGCUGGAUUUCUUUGGAGAGAACCUGGCGUACAUUGACGAGUCCUCAGACACUCUGAGCGACCGUGCCCAGCCAGGAGCGAGUGAGGAGAGGAAGAGACGGCCGCGAAAGCCUAAGAGGAGGAGCAUGAGGAAGCAGCUGCCGCACAAGUGGAGCCCCCUGCAGGUGAGGAGGCCCCACAGUGACAUGCAGCCGCCAUCAAAUCCACCCACACCGCCUCCAGACUACUCUCUUUCAGACAUGCCCCGAUCUGAGAAGCAGGCAGGUUCGACUCCAACGCUCUGACAGCCGGCACAGUCACAACAUGGAGCCAGAGUCAACAUGAGACAGAAGUCUUAAAGUCAUAAAGCUGAAGGUUUAGAGCGGACUUCACACUGCAACCACUUAAAACAUACAGUAUAUACCACGUACACAUCUCACUAUCAUGAAUACUGCUGAUCAUCCAGGAUAGUUUUUGUUUUUAAGGUUCGCCUAACAAAGUCAGCCCACAAGCUUUGCUUUGUUAUUUUGUGAUCUGACAGAGCUCAGUGGACAUUUGACAACUGCUUCCCUUCAGGCAUGUGGACAAUAAGACAUAAACCUAUAGUACUUCAAACUGAAUAACUACUUUAUUCAUUAGGCUGUCACAGAUCUUCGUUUCAGAGACUAAGGCUUCAUCCCAUCUCUUAAUAUAAACCCUAAGCCUUGUUUCUGAGUGCCACCUCGGGACACACUUAAAAGGGGUAAUGGUUGUAAAUUUGCUCUAUGAAAAAGAACAACCCUUCCACACCCCGAUACGACAUUGGUAGUCAUCGUUGCUGAUGCUCUAAACAAACGUGACAAGGUUUACUGGACAUUGAGAAUAUGCCAUCUUCUGCUUUGAUGAUUUCGGGACACUCAUGUUUGUUCAAAACUUAAAGGACCUGUGUGCAAG